AUGUUGCUGUUGUUUGGUGUUUGUUUGAUUCCAAGUGUUUUUUCUAAUUUACUUGUAAACCCGAGGUUCGACGACGAUCUAGACAUGUGGAGAGUCAGUGGGACAUGUAAUGUCGAUAAAUCAAAUUUUCAGUCUAAUCCAAAUUCGGUGCAUUGCACCGAUGACUCUGUUUCAAGUCGCACGGGGCUAAGACAAACCGUGAGUGGGAUGGAAACUGGAGUCAAUUAUAAAGUGAGUGUGUCGCUUAAGAUGAAGAAUGUAAAGAGCAGUCGAGUUCUCUUGUUUUUAGAGAGUCUAGACUCUAAAGACUCUUAUGGAAUAUAUUCAGACACUAUUCCAGAAUGUGUUAAUGGAAGUUGUUACGAUAAAUUCUAUACAUUAAGUGGUAUAACAACUACUCCAUUCACACAAAGCACGAAUGUAUUUGGCGUUUUGAUUCAUCCCAAUGAAGGUCUUGGGGAAAUCUGGAUUGAUGAUGUUCUGCUGGAACCGACUGGUCGUGAUAUUGUAUUAGGGUUCCAAGUCAUGAGUUGGAGGCAAGAAGUCUUCACUGAUGUCUUUGAAGUUCGCGUUGGGCUGGAUGUGCAAAACAGUGUCUAUCAGAAUGGCAACUUCUUAAAUUUGCAAAUUGCAGUUGUACAGGACUUAACAUACACGUUAAAAAAUACAUUAACCAAAUUUGAAAUGAAAAAUGAUGCAUACAACACUUAUGCAUCGUUCCAAGUCGACCCAAAGGACUUGGAAAUUGGAUAUUACACACUCAAACUCACGUGCGAAAACACAAAGUACCCCAACAAAGAGGUUAAAACAACAAUGUUUCGAAAGACACCAACUCAAAUCCACCACAACAUACACGUCGACAACAAUUUGAUCACUUGGAUGGACAACAAAAAGUUCUUUCCACUUGGACUGUACUUCGACCAAAUUACUGACACCGACACUUCACUCUUUAAAGACAGUCCUUUCAACUUAAUAGUGUCGCCAGGUGGGAUGACUGCAGACCAAAUUUCUGAGUUCAAUAAACAGACGGACGGACGUGGGUUUGUGAUUCGUCCAUUCACCAAAGGUGUAUGUUGUGGGUGUGGACAAAGUGACUUGGAUGCGGCUUAUUUGUGGCUGAAAGACAAGAUCAACGAAUUCAAAGAUAUCAAAGGCUUCUUCGGGUAUUACCCAAUAGACGAACCAAAGCUUGAUUGUUACGAGGAGUUCUUAAAUGCAACGCGAACGAUCAGAGAAAACGACCCAGAUCAUGUGAUAUACACUGCCAUCAAUUUAAGCAAAGAAAUAUCGACUUUACAUAAUCUGGUCGAUGUCUUUGGGCUUGAUGUAUACCCAGUCACUAAUGGUGGAUACAUAGAAGACGUGUUUACUGUUUCGAAUAGAGGAAGACGGGGUGUUGUUAAUGGAAAGAGUAUGUGGAACAUCCCACAAAUCUUUGACUGGACAAGAUACAAUGGAGGGACGUACCCUGUACCUACAGAACAACAAAUGAGACAGAUGACCUAUCAGUUUAUUGUUGGUGGUGCAAUGGGAAUCAUUUAUUACGACUUCACUGAUUUGCAUAAAAUGGAUUAUAAAACCCCAUUUGAGACACAGUGGAAUUCAGUGAAAAGAAUAGCAAAAGAGCUUAAGGAAGAGUACUCUGAUAUCAUUUAUUCCGAAGAAAAGCCCAGUGGUGUUUUUGGGUUUGAGAACGACGGAAAUAAUGUUGGGAUGAGAGUAUGGAGAUAUAAACAUGUGGAGUACGCGUUAAUUGUGAACAACAAAAAUAUCAAAAACUCAUACUCGUUCAAUUACAGUGGGGUGGGACAUAUAGAAAAGAUGACGGGACAAGGCUUAAUCAAACAAGAUGGAUAUACAGUUGAUGUCGAAUUGCCAGAACUCGACGUGAUAUGGAUUCGUGUUGCAGAUUCUGUUACGGGUGUUGCAGUAUUCAUUGCGCUUAUUUCAUUGGCUUCUUUGGUCUAA